AUGUCUUCAAGUGUCGGUUCUUUCGACUCCAUCUCCGACCAUCGCCGAUCUCGUACUUCCGACGAGUCGAAUAUCCGGUCUGUUGACCGUUUUCUCAACGAAUCUGUCAGUAACUCCCGGGGUCGUAGAUCUAGAACCUCUUUCAGAUCGUCGGCCUCGUCCGUUGCCAGAGAUUCUCCGGUUGUUGCAGAGCUACGACGUCGCGAGCUCGAAAGUCGCGUGGGAGCAGCCGGACCGAGUGCAAAUCCUAAGUCCGUUACAACCAUGUGCCUUCGUGAUGACGACAGUGACGCGGCGUCUACAGAUGAGGAUAACGUACCGCUCAUCAGACGCAAAUCUUCUAUCAUUAGAGCGGCUCGUUCUGUUGGCCCGUCGUCUGAUGUCGCCGAUCGUUUGGACAUCAUUCCAUUGACGAGGCGGGCGCCCGCCCCGGUUGGGUCUGUUCAGCCCGGUGGACCAGCACCGGGAAUUCCGGAUUACCUUCAACCGACGUCGUCGACGAGCGAGACGAUUGAGCUUUCUCUCCAUUUUUGCGAUGCUCCAGCUUCCCUAAAUACGCUCAUCCCGAACCGGUGGGAUCGUCCCUGGACUGCUCCGCCUGGAUAUCUUUGUGUAUAUGAAAAGCUCAUCACUGAUUGCGGGCUGACUUUCCCAAUUCCGGCGUUCUUGCUUCAAUACGCUUCGCGGCGAAAAAUGGCGUUUGCGCAACUUUCUCCGGCUGCUAUUCGGAAUGCUUACGGCCUGAUUCGUUUGGCUGAGCAGUGCGGCGUCGAACCUCGUUGUUCUCUGUACGAGGAAUUGACGACGAAGAAGAAUUUCGGGAAAUCCAAGCCGGGCUUGGUGUAUACUCAGUCUUCGCUGACCCCAAAGUUGGUUGUUGGUGCGAAGAGUAAGACCAACGAUUGGCUUCGUUGGUAUUUCUUUGUUAAGAUCGACAACGAUUCCGCUGGGGACGUGGUCGUCACGAAUUACCAUGGGUGGACUAUUUCACCCGUUCGUUGUCCCAAGAUCUUGGACCCGUAUCCUGAGAAACUUCGCGACGACGUUAAGAAGAUUCUAGCUUUGUGCCCGUAUACCUGGCCCAACGAAGAAGAUCCUGUUCGUCGCCCUUCCUCAAAAACAAAGAAAACGAGCCGAAGAGGAGGUCCUUCGAAAGCAAGGAAGGCUAACAAGACUCCAGCUCCUUCAAAGAUUAUGGGGAAAAUGAAUGUCGACGCGGUGGGUGAUUACUCAUCAAGAUACAAAAAGAAAUCGUCGGUGACGCCGUCGAAGAGGAUGAGUCGGGAAGAAGACGAGGCCAUGGCCUUAGGGAAACGACUUUCCUUAGCCGAACACGAGGCUAAAGAGAGUGAGCGACGAUCUUCAGGUCGUCGGGAUAGGAGAGAUGAAGGUGACCAUCGUGAUCGACGCGGUCAUGGUGUCGUUGGGGCCGAUCGUUCGGAAGCAAGAUCCGACGUAGAGAGGGAGAGGAGGGAGAAAGAGGUGGCUGAAGCGCGGUCAGCUAAGCUACCUGUUGCCGAGGCUUCUCACGAUGUGCCCUUAGGCGGCAGGGAGGUUAUUUUGUACGACAACUCUCAGGUCGAGCCGACCAAGAAGCGGGCUGCUGAUGAUUCCGAACCGGUGCGUUCGGACCCGACCAAGAAACAAAGGACGGCCUGGGCCCCUGACUAUAGGUGGCGAUAUGAUUAUAACGGGCGCGACGUCCAUAUCUCGACUGAUUCCACAUCCUGUGCGGAGCUAUUCCGCAAGCUUCACGUCGGUCCAUCUCCCUUCUUUGAGCUCCAAGAUAUGUGGGAGAGAACGGCGUUCACUGACGCUGCGAAGAAGACCGUUGCGGCCAUCGGCGCGAUUGACAGGAUGGCGUACAUGUACGAGCGUCGUCUCUGCGUUGUUUCUGAGCAGAACACGGCCUCGAAGGAUCACCAAAGGGCCUUGGUAGCCGAGACGAGGAGGGCUGAUCAGGCGUCGAAGGGCUUGGAGAGUGCCAACUCCGAGGUGCAGCUUCUUCGCGAGGAGGUCGCCAAGCUGAAGGAGGAACGGGAUAGCGCUCUUUCAGAACGGGAGCAUUGUCUUGAGGAGUUGUCGAAGUCCCGAGUUGACUUUAAGCACUUGGCCGAGCAGUCACAAGCCGAGGAGGCAAGGCUUCGGAAGCGGCGCACCGAAUAUGCUCGUAUUCACGUAACCAAGGCUCUCAAGGAGGCUGCAGACCAAUUUCAGCAACGUCUCGACGGGAUUCAGAGGCAUUUCACUACCAGGGACGCGGCGUAUCCCAAGUUCCUCGAUUAUAAUCAGGCGGUUGGGAGCGUCGACCUGCUGAAGGCGCUGGCUGAUACUGGGGAGGUCGUCUUAAACUCCAAGGACGUGAUUGAGAGGCUUGAAGCUGAUGCGGAAGAGCUUAAGAACGAGGUCAAUGCGUUCGACAUUGCCGAGCUGGAGGAAGGCUGGAAUGACGUCGGAAAUCUCUUCACGGGCUCUCUCGUUGCUGAGGAGUUUGCGCCUUCGGUUGAAGGUGUUGACGAUGAAGUUGCUGGUGACGUCGAGGCCGUCGACCAAGUCGUUGGUGAUGGCGACGCCCAGGUUAUUGAGGACGACCUCAAGAACUUGGUCGAUAAUCGUGUUUGGGUCGGAUCCAAGACACUCGGUGGUACAACCUCAAAGGUCGUUCCGCGCAAGUUAUUGGGGACGACCUCAAUAACUUGGUCGAUAAUCGUGUUUGGGUCGGAUCCAAGACACUCGGUGGUACGACCUUCGAGGUCGUUCCGCGCAAGUUAUUGGGGACGACCUCAAUAA